AUGGCGUCGCAAACGCCCGUCGAGCUCCCGUUCUCCAACCUGAGCCAGUCCUCCCCUUCGAACGCCACAUCCUGCAACAACGCGCUGGAUGCCUGGGACUUCCUGCACCGAGUCCUCCCCACCGUCAUCAUCGCCAUCUUCAUCGUCGGACUCCUGGGCAACUCCUUUGUCCUGUCUGUCUUCCUCCUGCCCUGCCGGCGCCGACUAAGCGUGGCAGAAACCUACCUGGUCAACCUGGCGGCUUCCGACCUGCUGUUUGUCUUGGGCUUGCCCUUCUGGGCGGAGAACAUCUGGAAUGGAUUCAAUUGGCCCUUCGGGCCCGCCCUCUGCCGCGCUGUUAACGGGGUCAUUAAGGCCAACCUGUUCGUCAGCAUCUUCCUGGUGGUGGCCAUCAGCCACGACCGCUUCACCGUGCUGGUGCACCCCAUGGCCAGCCGGCGGCACGGGCGGCGCCGACGGGCCCAGGCCACCUGUGCGCUCAUCUGGGUCACGGGGGGCCUCCUGAGCACCCCCACGUUCCUGCUGCGCUCUGUCCAAAUGGUCCCAGAGCUGAACAUCUCCGCCUGCAUCCUGCAGCUUCCCCACAAAGGCUGGCACGUGGCGAGGAUGGUGGAACUGAACGUGUUGGGCUUCCUGCUCCCACUGGCUGCCAUCCUGUUCUUCAACUACCACAUCCUGGCUGCCCUGCGGGGGCAGGGGCAAGAAGUGGGGCGCUCACGAUGCGGGGGCCCCAAGGGCAGGAAGAGCACGGUGCUCAUCCUCACGCUCGUGGCUUCCUUCCUGGUCUGCUGGACCCCGUACCACUUCUUCGCCUUCCUGGAAUGCCUGUGGCAGGCACAAGUCCUCGGGGGCUGCUUCUGGGAGGAGUUCAUGGACCUGGGCCUGCAGGUGUCCAACUUCUUUGCCUUCAGCAACAGCUGCCUGAAUCCUGUGAUCUAUGUGUUUGUGGGCCAGCUCUUCAGGACCAAGCUGGGGGAGCUGUACCAGCAAUGCACGCCCAGGAGUCUCACGUCCAUGGCCUCGUCCCGCCAGAAAGACAUCUUCCAAGUUUCCUGA